AUGUCGAACAAAAAGAUCGAGCAAUGGGAAAUUGAGCGCUAUUGGGAGAUUUUCUCCGGGUUAUCCAAUGGACAAACUCAUCUGAAUAGCUCCCAGGCUGCCUCGGUGCUGCGCAACAGUGGUCUCCGAGACGAGCAGCUAGAGAAGGUCUGGGAUAUUGCGGACGUGGACGGAGAUGGAGAGCUGGACUUUGAAGAGUUCUGUGUUGCAAUGCGCCUGGUCUUUGACCUAGUCAAUGGCGAGCUCCAAGAUGUCCCGCCCGUGCUGCCGGACUGGCUCGUCCCGGAAUCCAAAUCACACCUUGUCCAAGCUACACGGGCAUUGCACCGUCCAGAACAAUUUGAACGGAUAGAAGACGAGGAUGAGUCUCUCGGACUGAAGGAUGGGUUCGACUGGUAUAUGAAGCCCGCCGACAAGUCCAAAUAUGAGGAGAUCUACAACUCCAGUCGCACCCAACGCGGCGACAUUACCUUCGAGUCACUACAACCUCUUUACGAGUCUCUGGACGUCCCAGACACCGACAUUCGCUCCGCGUGGAAUCUCGUCAACCCCUCCGCAGCGCAAGCCAUCAACAAGGAUGCCGCCCUGGCGUUCCUUCAUAUCCUGAAUUAUCGCCACGAAGGCUUCCGUAUCCCACGCAGCGUCCCCGCCUCGCUGCGUUCCUCGUUUCAAAGCAACCAGAUCGACUACCAGAUCGACAACAAUACUCGUCCUGCGCAGCGCUGGGGGACUGAGGGCAACCAGGAGACGCGGACUGGCCGCAAGGCUAAAUUCGGAGAUACAUAUCUCAGCCGAUUGGGUGUUGGUGGCAAGGGAUCUUAUCAGCCCAAGGGCACGGACUUCAGUGAGACGCUCCAAGAUGAGGAGUGGGAGAAGGUUCGCCUGCGCCGAGAGCUGGCCGAGAUGGAGGCCAAGCUGAAAUCUGCUCGAGAAGCAUCCGAGAACCGCCGGGAUCGGCCCCGGAACGAUGGUCGGCCCAAUUGGGUCCUGAUCAAGAAAGAGGCGCUGCAGCUCUUGGAGUACAAGGAGCGUGAACUCCGCGAGCUCCGGGAGGGUGUCGGCCGUGCCAAAGACGGUCAGGAAUUGGAAAGGGCGCGUGAGGAUGUCAAGACCGUUGGCGAGCAAGUCGAAAGCUUGAAGACACACCUGGCUCAGCGUCAGGCCAUUUUGGCAGACCUUCGUCAUGAAAUUGAGGAAGAGCGAUCUCGGCGCUAA